ACCUCCUCAUCCCGCCGCGUCGGCAGCAUGGGGGCCGGCAGCAUGAGGGCCGGCAGCGUGUACGGCGGAGCCGGAGGGUCUGGAGUCCGUGUCUCCCAGGCCAACUUGUCAUUCUCCGCUGGCAGGCCCUUUAACCUGGCAGACGGCGUGGACGCGUCCGCCAACGAGAAGGGCACCAUGCAGAACCUCAACGACCGCCUGGCCACAUACCUGGACAAGGUGCGCAGCCUGGAGAAGGCCAACGGAGACCUGGAGCUGAAGAUCAGACUUUUCCUGGAGAGCAAGAGCAGACCUGAGGCCCACGACUGCUCCGCCUUCAGGGGCCCCAUCACAGAGCAGCAGGAACAGAUAAACUUCGCUGCUCGUGGAAACGCCGCCCUGGUCCUCGCCAUCGAUAACGCCCAGCUGGCCACCGAGGACUUCAAAAUGAAGUAUGAGAACGAGCUGGCCAUGCGGCAGUCUGUGGAGGCUGACAUCACCGGGCUGAGGAAGGUCCUGGAUGGGCUGACCCUGAGCCGCGCUGACCUGGAGAUGCAGAUCGAGGCUCUGAAGGACGACCUGAUCAUGAUGAAGAGGACCCACGAGGAGGACCUGCUGGUUCAGCGGGCCCAGAUUGGAGGUCAGGUGAACGUGGAGGUGGACGCCGCUCCUCAGGAGGACCUGUCCGCUGUCAUCGCCCAAAUCAGAGAACACUACGAGACCGUGGCCUCCAAGAACCGCAAAGACCUGGAGUCCUGGUUCCAGACCAAGACAGCCGAGCUGAACCAAGGUGUGUCUGUGACCACUGAGACGCUGCAUACCACCAAGUCUGAGAUCGGAGAGGUCAGACGAUUAGAGCAGAGUCUGGAGAUCAAGCUGCAGGCGCAGAUCAGCAAGAAAGGAGCAGUGGAGAUGUCUCUGGCUGAGACCCAGAGCCGCUACUCCAUCAUGCUGGAAGGUUACCAGAGGCAGGUGGAGGCUCUGGAGGAUCAGCUGGGCCAGCUGAGGGGCGAUCUGGAGAGGCAGGGACAGCAGUACCAGAUGCUGCUGGACAUCAAGACCAGACUGGAGCUGGAGAUCGCCGAGUACAGGAGGCUGCUGGACGGAGAGAGUCCUGCCACCACAACAAAGACCAUCAAGACCACCAGGGUGGUGACCAUCACGCAGGAAGUGGACGAAUUUGGAAAUGUGAUCAACAGCAGUUAG